AUGAAAACUUUUACUAAAUAUCGACGUGAACAUGAUGAAUUUUUUCAUCCAUUAUGGUUGGGUAUAUUACUAUUAUUUUUUGUAAUAAUUGUUCUUGGUAUAUCAUGUUUCAUACGAAGAAAAUUUGGUCAAUCAAUACGUUAUUUAUUCAAUCGUUUAUGUUGUAGAGAUGAAUUAAACGAUGAAAACAGUUUAAAAGCUCAUAAACAUUUCCAAAUAACAAAUCCAUAUAAUUGGGCACCUACUUUUGUUCCAUCUACAAGUGUAUCACCUAAAUUACAUACAUUAGUUCGAAGUAUUCAAAUGGUUAGUCUUGAAAAACAAUUAUCUAUUCAAACUAUGAGUAAUAAUGAAAAUACUAGCUCUGACAAUGAUGUAUGUUCAACAGUUGACGAAUCGGACGGUGCUCAUACGUCUCCAUUUCAAAAUUCAUCUCAAGGAUCGAAUAAUAAUCGAAAUUGUGAAACAGCUCGAAAAUUUUAUGCAAGUAUGCGUCAAACAAGUGUAUGCAAAAAUUCUACUUCAGCCGAUAGUGGUGAUACUGAACCAUCAUUAUUGACAACGAAUGCUUUAAUGAAAGCAAAUCGAGCUAAUAAAUUAAAAAGUUUUCGUACACCACGCUUUUUUCAAUCAAUAACAUAUAGAUGUUAA